AGCUUGGCGGAUGGACAGGACAUUGUCGCAUUCCCGAAAGUACAUAGCUGGUUCUUUAGGGGCAAAAUAUGCCGAAUCAGUAAUUACUCUUUUGGAUGUGAUGCAUAAUGAGUCUAGGCCCAAUACUCCGAUGAUUUGUUUAUUGAGCAUGGGAUCAGACCCAACACCUAGCAUCGAACAAUUUGCAAAAAGAAUGGAAAUUGAAUGUAGGAGUAUCUCAAUGGGCCAGGGCCAAGAAGUGCAUGCACGGAAAUUGUUGCAGAGUGCAAAGACCGAGGGGUACUGGGCAUUAUGUCAAAAUUGCCAUUUAGGAUUGGAAUACAUGAAUGAAUUAGUCAACUUCAUUUUGGAAAUGGAUAGUCCUCAUCCGAAUUUCCGUAUCUGGAUAACUACGGAACCACAUAAAGAUUUCCCAAUAACUCUUCUACAAAUGUCUAUAAAAUUUACAUACGAGCCACCUCAAGGAAUGAGGUCUGGAUUACUUGCUACAUACAGCGGAAUGAAUCAGGACAUAUUAGAUCAAUGUGACACUCCGCAAUACAUACCACUCGUUUACGCUGUGUCCUUUCUACACUCAAUUGUACAAGAACGCAGGAAAUUUGGACCUCUUGGCUGGAAUAUACCAUACGAGUUCAAUUCUGCUGACUGGUUAGCAUCUUGCAUGUUCAUGAAUAAUCACCUCAAUGAUUAUGACCCUAAGCGCGGAAUAAGCUGGCAAACCGUGAGAUAUAUGUUAGGAGAGGUUCAAUAUGGCGGUCGCGUGACAGAUGACUACGAUAAAAGACUUCUUAAUACACUUGCAAAGGUGUGGUUUUCCGAUGCACUGUUUUCGGAAGGAUUUACUUUCUACAAAGGAUAUAAUAUUUUGACUUUCAAACAAGUGUCGGACUAUUUGAAAGCUAUUGAAUCUAUGCCCAGUGUUGAUCCACCUCAAGUAUAUGGUCUUCACCCCAAUGCAGAUAUAAUGUAUCAAACGAAUACCACCCAAAACGUAUUGGAUACUAUAAUAUCUGUUCAGCCAAAGGAAGCAGGAAUUGGGGGUGGAGAAUUAAGAGAAGUCGUUGUUACUCGACAAGCUAAGGAAAUGUUGAAUAAAUUACCCCCCCCUUACGAUAUAUUUGCAGUAAGACGAAGACUACAGGAAAUGGGUGCUACCGAGUCGAUGAAUAUUUUCUUAAAGCAGGAGGUUGAUUGCAUGCAGAUUAUUCUUAAGCUGGUAAGGUCAAUGUUAAAGGACCUGAUUUUGGCUAUAGAAGGAGUGAUCAUUAUGAGUGAGGUUGCUAAGCUGGAGCUUUUAUUACAAAAAUAA